ACAAAGUUAAAUUUCACUCAUAAAGACGUGUUAAUGCGUCAUAACAUAAAAAAAAAUUGAGAUCAUGCGGGACUUGAAUGUAUGCGUCCAGGAUAUCGGUCUAUUGUAUGGACUUUGUUAUUAUCUUAAAUCGUAGAGCCUCUCUCUGACUCUACAGCCAAAAUCGAGUACAUAGGAAAAAUUUUAAAGACGGAAGUGAGCACUCCUGUUUUUCGACCAAGACUGUGAGCGCUGCGCAUGCAUGUCAGUUUUAGAAUGUUUAUUUACUUGUGUUAUAUAUGCCUAUGAGUUCUUCCCGAAGAUACAGAGCUUUAAUCUGCCUCUUAGUCUAUCCCGCUGCGGAAUGGCAGCGGCAGCAGAAGCGACGGAGGACCGCAGCGGCGGAGCGCUAACAGGUGACGGGGAACCUGAGGAGGCCGAGGACUUCACCUGCUCGGCCUACUGCUCCGAGCUCUCUCGGCGGCAGAACGAGCAGAGGAAGUCGGGGCUUUUCUGCGACGUGACCCUGGUCUUUAGCUCCGGAGGGGUGUCUGAGGAGGAGAGGGUCCAAACCUUAUCCGCCCACCGCUCGGUGUUAUCCGCAGCAUCGCAGUACUUCACGCUGCUGCUGGGCGGUGACUUCUCGGAGUCUCGGUCGGGGCGAGUGGAGCUCAAAGAAUGGAGCUCACCAACGGGACCAGACCCAGACACUGUGGAGAGUGUUAUACAGUUUAUGUACACUGGACAGAUCAGGGUGACCACUGCCAAUGUGCAUGAAGUGUUGGAAGUGGCUGACAGGUUUCUGUUGGCCCAGCUGAAGAACUUCUGCGGAGAGUUUCUGAUGAAGAAGUUGAAUUUAUCCAACUGUGUAGCGGUGCACAGCCUCGCCCACAUGUACACCUUGGACACGCUGGCCUUGGGAGCAGCCAAGACGAUUAGAAGAAACUUCCACAAAAUAAUCAGCAACGAGGAAUUCUUCACGCUGCCAUUUCACCUGGUCCGGGACUGGCUGUCAGACUCAGGGAUCACUGUGGACUCUGAACAGGAGUUGUUUGAGGCUAUAGUAAAAUGGGUGCACCAAAACACAGAGGAGAGAGGGAAGCAAUUUGAGGAGCUGUUCAAACUUUUACGGCUGCCUCAGAUUUCUCCUACUUACCUGAGCAGGGUGGUGAGGAAGGAGCCCUUAGUGGAAAACAAUGCGGCCUGUCAGCAGCUGGUGAUGGAGGCCCUUGAGGUCCACGCUGUUCACUUUGAGAACCUCAAGUCAGCUGAUUUUGAGCUCUGUGCCUCCUAUACGGCAGCAAUCCAGCCACGACUCGGCCAGAACAUGGAUGUAAUCAUGGUAGUGGGUGGUGUUUCAGAAGGCGGGGACUAUUUGAGUGAGUGCGUGGGCUACUUUGUUGCUGAGGAUCGUUGGGUAAACCUGCCCCACAUUCACAACCAUCUCGACGGACACGCUAUCGCAGUCAAUGACCACCAUGUUUAUGUUGCAGGCUCCAUGGAACCAGGUUUCGCCAAGACGGUGGAGCGCUUCAACCCCAACCUCAACUCCUGGGAGCAGGUCAGCAGCCUGACAACCCGCAAGCACUCCUUUGGCCUCACAGGUGUCAAAGACUUACUCUACAGCAUCGGUGGCCAUGGCAACUUCAGUCCAGGCUUUAAGGACGUUACUGUCUACGAGCCGGAGCAGGACGAGUGGCACAAUCUGGAGCCAGCACCGAAGAUACUAAGAGAUGUAAAAACAGUGAGCAUAGAGGACCGCUACAUCUAUGUGAUGGCAAGGACUCCUGUAGACAUGGACAAUGAGGACGGACUGAGCACUGUGACCACCUGCUACGAUACAGAGAGUCACAAGUGGCAGGAAGUGGACUCCUUGCCGCUUGUUGAUAAUUACUGUAGUUUUCAAAUGGCUGUCGCAUCCACCAACUUCUACCACACAGCUUCUUGUUGCUCAAAGAGCUACAAGGUAACACUUCAGGAUGCUCAGCAGACAAUAAGCAGAGACAUCUCUGAAGAAAUCCUGGACAGCCUCCCUCCAGAGGUCCUCAGCAUGGAGGGUGCUGCUGUUUGCUACCUGGGUGAAGACGUUUUCAUCAUUGGCGGCUGGAGGAACUGCAACAACAUGGACAAGCAGUACCGCAAGGAGGCGUACCGUUACUGUGCUGAGAGGAAGCGCUGGCUUCUGCUGCCACCCUUACCCCAGCCCCGCUGCAGAGCCGCAGCCUGCCACGUCCGCAUCCCGUACCAUUAUCUCCACGGCUGCCAGCACUACCCCAUGCCCCAGAACCUGGCUCGCCAGCGGGACCGCAUGCAGCAGAUGCAGCAGCUCCACCGACGCACCCUCACUCUGCGCAGACAGCUGCAGUCUCAAAUCGAAUGUUGAGAGAUUCUUCUAGUAAGCACUUAAUCUGCUGAUACAUGCCUUGCUGUUACCACGUAACCUUUGUCUUAUUUUUUGCCUUUAUUGAGGUCAAAUGUCUGCAUGGAUUGACCUGGGGCUGGUUAAGAUAAAAAAAUUAAAAUAUAUAUAUAUAAUUAACCGGAUGUGCUCUUAAUUUAUCUCUUACAUUUUAAUUUUGGCCUUGCAUUAUUAACCUAUGCCUUAUUCUGCCAGUAAAUCAAACUGAUUGUUGUCUCAUUUCUGAAAAUAUUGAUGUCAUUGCCAAAACAACUUAGCCCAGCUUUAUGUGCUCUGUGUUAACACCUAAUGAUGUCAACAUGGUGUGGUGAAAAACAGUUGACCUUUUAGGUUUAAUUAAAAUGUUGUGUUUGGAUCUAAACUUUAAAGUAAUGUUUGUCUAUGUUUAUUGUCAUGUUAAUUGUUGUUAAUUAUAGGUGUGUGGAUAAUUAACUUACUGUAACAACCAGAUGGGCUUUCACUAUUUUACUCCUCCAGCUACUUUAAUGUUUCUUCUACCUCCAGUUUCCACCAUGUUUUUUUUUGCACUCUAGGGCUUCACACAUCUAAAUAAUAUUGUACAUAGUGUGUAUGUUGCGUGUGCCCUACUUAAAGCGGUCAAUCAUAAUAUUUGUAGCAAAACUUAAGUAUUCAGCGCAGCACAUAUUCAGGAAUUUAUGUUAUCCCCUUCUUAAAACAUAAGCUUGCUUAAUACAUUUUUGCACUAAAGUAAGUGCAUUACUUUUUCAUAUUGUACAACACUUGGCCAUUCCAAUGGAUAUGUAUAAAUGUGUAUGAUUUAUUUUAACAAAAUGUGCAUUAUUUGAUUUUACAGGUCUAUUAUUUAUUUCCAGCUAAAUUCUCGUCCCAUUCGACUUUGUUAAGACACUUACUUAUGACUCAAGGUCUUUAAGACACUGGCUUUGUGGACUAAUUGGUUUUGUUUCCUUUGUGCUUCUCGCAGAAUUGGCACUGUCUUACUUUGUCUUACUGCACUUAGAAAUGUGUGUAAAACAAUAAACAACAAGGCUUUUUACGUGCACAAGGUCUUCGAUAUUCCCAAUUGUGCCAACAAAAACACAGCUGCUCAUUAUUAAUACAUUUGAAGUUACUGUUGCCUGCACUAAAGGGACUUUAUUAAGUUAAUCACUGUAAAGUGUUGCUUUCUGUUUUGCUUUCUAUUAAUAUUAUCUAAUAAGGCUUUGCUAGGCUAACAGUGUUUCAUACUGUUUGUAAUGUGAACCGUAUAAAUUGAUCAGUUCUAUGUGGAUGUUAUAAUUUUCUCAAGAAUGUAUUCUCAUAAACCCUGAUUUUAGUCAAUGGCAUUCGUCUAACCAAGUUGUAAGUUUAUUUUUUUCUGGGUAUAGAUAUGGAUUUUGUGAAAGUUUCAUUCCAUUCGUCUGUGCAAGAGAAAGUGUACUGACAUUUGCAAUCAAUUAAAAACCAGUUGUCAUCUUUGA